CCCGUAUGUUGAUGAAAACUGUAAGUGUUUAUAAAAAGACAGGCAGAGCCUUGCGUCCGAGAGUAGCGCAGUGUAGAACAGUGUUUGUGAAGAAUGUUUUCAAGAGAGGCAAGUGCCGCUACGGUUCAUCUCCCGUCAGAUUCGAGUUCACGCUGUUUCGGUAAGGAACCAACACUUCUCCAGUCAGGACCGUGGUAUUAGCUGAUACCUACUUAGUCAAGGAUACCACAGGGUCUGCGACAUUCUUGACACUAUGUGCUCCUUAUCUAGAAAUCAUCAGUGCUAGCAUGGAUAGUUUCUGAUGAUGCAGAAACGGAGUUGCACCCUGAUUAGGUCAGCGCGACCAUACUGUGUACAAGCCUGAAGCAUUUCUGCUCGAGGAUCAUGGAGGACAAUACUUCUAAACUUGAUGAGCAGGAAUGGGUGUCGACCUUGAUAUGGGAUUGGAUAGAGAUCUUACGACUGAUCUUUGCAAUCACAGGUAUUAUUGGCAACACGCUAGUUAUCAUUGUCUAUGUACACCGGCGUCGGAUGCGAAACACUACCAACGCCUUCAUUGUCAAUCUGGCCGUGGCUGACUUGAUCACAUCGAUAUUCAUCAUUCCAGUCCCAGUCUUGUCUAACAUUCCUCCGAUCUGGGUCGGCCGGAUGUAUUGCAAGACCAUCUUCAACAGUGUCUUCAUGUGGAUUUCCAUAGUGGCGUCGAUACUGACGCUCACCAUGGUGUCUCUCGAGCGCUACUUCGCCGUGGUCCACCCAGUUAAGUAUCGGGUCAUCUUCUCCAAGUGGCGGCCCCGAGCCAUCAUGGCAUGCGCAUGGUUGUGUUCAAUCAUAAUUAAUACCUUCAAUCUUUAUGUGGUGGAUCUACACAAAGGUGGCUAUUGUUACAACAACUGGCCAAGUCUUGGUUUCCGGUACUUGAUAGCCACCUCUGUUUUCCUCCUGGAGUAUUUCGUACCGAUGAUCAUCAUGUUGGUGGCUAACAUUGUCACCGUGAGGACUUUGAAGAGCCAGGCCCGGGCGCUACUUCAGCGGGAUCAGUCGCGGUUCAGCCCGGCCUACUCGCUCUUGGAGGCCCGCCGUAAAGUCAUCGAAACCCUCUUAAUCGUGGUCAUCACCUUCAUCGUUUGCUGGACUCCGGACCAGAUCGGGUUUUACAUCUAUCACUUCGGGGGUGUGCCGGAAUCCUACAUCAGAGAGCCUCUGUAUCGCUUCAUGGUACUGUUGGCCUUCGCCAAUUCUUGCGCUAAUCCGAUUAUCUACGCCUUCAAAAACAAGCAUUUCAGACAUGGGUUCAUGAAUAUGAUUCGAAGGAAAGGCAACAGGAUUGGAAGCAACGCCGACUCCAUAGCGGCUGAAGAAGAAUUCAACACGGCAAAUGUGACUGUCCGGACGGUACGACCUAAGGCCGCGUCAGGUGUGGUCACAGUGCAGUCCUGAUCGUACCUAGACGACAAGACGAAUCAAUCAGCGGUCACAGGCAAUCAGAUCUAUUCACGGACGUCACCUAAAAAAGUGCCUGGACUCGUAACACUCUUAAUCAGCCCACAUAGUUCAUUGAAGCCACUAGUGGCCAUCUUACCGCGCCGAAUAGAAAGGUCUAGUUAUACAAAGACUUGCUCGACAUUGUUAACCAAAUCAUUCGUGGUAACAAAAGCUAAAGUGAUAACUUUUGUAUUAGGCACGGUAAGAUGGCCGCUGGUGGCCUUAGCUGAUACAAGCGCAUUGCGAAUCCAGAUUUGUCUUUUACAACGUCCGUAAUUCCGAGUCUUGCCCGUGACUAUUGGAUUCUUUUCCGUUGUCCUCCAUUCAUAUGCAUCAAUCGAACAAAACCUGAUACUGACAGAUGUAGGUUGUACCUAAAUGUAGUUAAGUACAUCUUUUCAGGCAUUACAAUGAUGCAGUCAAAGUAGUUAAGGAAACAAUCUACUUGUGUAUUGAAACCUAUAUACGUUGCUGGCGGACUACUGACCUAACUCUUAUCUGUAUUGUAGCCCCUUAUCUGUGUAAGAAUCGUGCUUUAAUCUACUGUCUCAUUACUACCCGCCACUUUUAAAAUCGUUCCACCGUCCCUGACCCCAUGAGGUAUGCAGAUUUGACAAUGUAACCACUGUACAUUCAGGGAGGCCCACGGACGUAUAUAAGAAAAUCUGGACUCAGAAGGCCCUCAAUCAGUUUAUAGAGAUCACUGAAUCCACUAGCAGCCAUUUUACCAAGCCGACUACAAAGCUUGCCCGGCAAUGCCUGCCUUUGUUCUCCCUGGCGUCAAUAGA